AAGCGGCGCUGGGCGGGGCGCGCUCCGGAGGCCGCUCGGGGGCUGCGGGCCGGCGCAGAGCGGCAGCGCGGUGCCCGGGCGCGGAGCGCAGCGCAGCAAAGCGCCGUCCCUGGCCCCGGCCCGGCCCAGCCCGCUCCGGGUGAGCCCGCGGCGCCCCGGCCGGCCCUGCACCUGCGGGAGCCCCUGCCCGGGCCGGCGUCGAUGCUGAGCGCGCCGGGGGCGCCGCCCGCCUCCCCGCAUCAUGGACGGCUUCUACGACCAGCAGGUGCCCUUCAUGGGCCCGGGGAAGUCCUGCGCCGAGGAGGGCCGAGGCCGGCCGGGGGGCGAGCGCAAGAGGAAGUUCUUGGAGACCGACCUGGCCCACGACUCGGAAGAGCUCUUCCAGGAUCUCAGCCAGCUCCAGGAGGCCUGGCUAGCUGAAGCUCAGGUCCCCGACGAUGAACAGUUUGUCCCCGAUUUCCAGUCCGACAACUUGGUCCUGCACGCCCCACCUCCGGCAAAGAUCAAGCGGGAACUGCACAGCCCUUCCUCCGAGCUGUCGUCCUGUAGCCACGAGCAGGCUCUCUGCGCUAACUAUGGAGACAAGUGCCUCUACAACUGCUGUGCCUACGACAGGAAGCCCCCCGCCGGGUUCAAGCCAUUAACGCCGCCCGCCACGCCAGUGUCUCCUGCCCACCAGGGAUCGUCGCUCCCGCCGCCAGCCCCGGCUGUGCAGGCUGCCGCCCAUGCCACCCCGGCCACCCCGCUCCGGGGGGCUCCCCCGGCCCCAGCCCCUCACCCUCUUCAGGAACAGAGGCAGCAAACCUUCGCCGUGCCCCGGCCACCUCACCCGCCCAUGCACAUGCCAAAGAUGAUGUCCGAAAACCAAUACCCCGCAGAGCACAGGUUUCAGAGACAGAUGUCUGAGCCCUGCCACCCCUUCCCGCCGCAGCCCGGGGUCCCCGGCGACAACCGCCCCGUCUACCACCGGCAGCUGUCGGAGCCCAUAGUCCCCGCCGCCCCCCACCCCCCUCAGGGAUUCAAGCAGGAGUACCACGACCCGCUCUACGAGCAGGGGGUCGCCGGCCUGCCCGGCCCCCCCGGGCCCGGCUUCCAGGCCCCCAUGGGCAUCAAGCAGGAGCCCAGGGAUUACUGCAUUGACUCAGAAGUGCCUAACUGCCAGUCCUCGUACAUGAGAGGAGGGGGCAUCUUUCCCAGCAGCCACGACGGAUUUUCGUAUGAAAAGGACACACGAUUGUAUUUUGACGACACAUGCGUGGUACCGGAGAGACUGGAGGCAGGCAAAGUGAAGCAGGAGCCCACCAUGUACCGCGAGGGGCCCCCGUACCAGCGCCGCGGCUCGCUGCAGCUCUGGCAGUUCCUCGUCACGCUCCUGGACGACCCCGCCAACGCCCACUUCAUCGCCUGGACGGGCCGGGGCAUGGAGUUCAAGCUCAUCGAGCCCGAGGAGGUAGCGCGCCGCUGGGGCAUCCAGAAGAACCGGCCCGCCAUGAACUACGAUAAGCUCAGCCGGUCUCUGCGCUACUACUAUGAGAAGGGCAUCAUGCAGAAGGUGGCCGGCGAGCGGUAUGUGUACAAGUUCGUGUGCGACCCCGACGCCCUCUUCUCCAUGGCCUACCCCGACAAUCAGCGCCCGUUCCUGAAAGCGGAGCCCGACUGCCACGUGAGCGAAGACGACACCCUGCCGCUGACGCACUUCGAGGACAGCCCGGCGUACCUCCUGGAGAUGGAUCACUGCGGCGGCCUUCCCUACGCGGAGGGCUUUGCCUACUGACUGCAGCCAGCGGAGCAGCUAGCACUAGCAAUCCUGCUUGGGCAAGCGAGGGCAACGAUUUUAUAAAGAAUAUUUUUUGCUGUUCCUAUAAAAAGAAAUGCAAACAAAAUGCGUGCGCGCAUGCGCAAACUGGCCUUUAAGCGCAAUUGGAGGAAUCUAAAAUAGCUGGUGCACGUCACCGUCGACUUCCCGACCUUCCUGUCCAAGGGCUAGUGCAUAGGACUGCCCCUGGCUGACGCCUCCCGCCGAACAUCAGCGAGAUGUUUUUGGGGAGAUGGGGGGGCGAAACCCCGAGUCUCUGAUGCCGGCUCCAGCAGCGCCCGCGGGACUGGUCCAGCCCGCGCGCCUCUGCGCCGGACCGUCACGACAAUCUGCUUUGCGUCGAUCCCGAUACGCGUAGCUGCCUUGGGCGUUGGAAAGGGCUUUGAUUUGCACAGACGCCGGAUGUGUUUCGGGAGGGGAAGGGGCUCGGAUGCGGGGCACGGCGUGGCCGGGGGGGGCAUGGUGCGCCGCAGCCUCCCCUCGCCCAGAGGAGCCUCCCUGGCUGCUUCCUACGCAGACUCCUACCCGCCGGACAGUUGUCCCAAUUAAGUGUCGUUCUUCGAUAUAACGGUUUUUCAGCCUGCCCUGCAUCCUUUCCGCGUCCCUGUCGCUUCUCCUCCCCUUCCAAGGCUGCGCGCGAUGGAUUUAAUUUCAGGGGAGGUGACGGCGGCAGUAAUUAUCUCCUUUUUUCCCUCCCCCCUCUUUUUUUGGAUGUUUUAGGAAAAAGUUUCUAAACUGAUUUUUGUAGGUUUUUUGUUUUUUUUUUUUUUUUUUUUUUGUAUUUUAAGGCAAACCUAUUUUUUUGCAGACAGGCCGCCGGUCCCCUGGGGGUGGCAGGCAGUGCGACGAGAGCCCCGCAGCGUGGGGCGGGGGGGACCCGCUGGGGCCACCCUGCCAGCGCUCUGGCUUCCCCCCGGCGUUUCCCGGCCGUACCCGCACCUCCCUCGAUGCCUCGCCGGGACGAAGUAUCUGGUCCGUUCCAUUUCACCACUCGAAUCCUCCCCUCGCGGGGCUCAGAGACUGGAACGCGCUGAGCAGCUCCGCUUUGUCCGCCUCGUUGCUCGGCAUGUCUUCGGGCUGUAAAGACGGGGCGGGAGCGCUGGGUAUCCCCACGUUAACGUACCCCGCUUCCCUUCCAGCUCCUGCCCCCUCCCCGCUGCAGUCCCUAACACUCCUACCACUCAUAUAUACAUAUCUGCAUACCCCCCCCAAAAAAAAUAAAAAAGCUACAUGUUUUUGUUGUAAAUGCUGUAUAGGAAAUUUUUUCUCCUCCUUAGUUAGCUUUGUUUUGGGUUUUUUGGUUUUUUUGGUUUUUUUUGACUGAUUCAUUCUUUUUUGGGGAAGUAUGAAGAUUAACCCUCAGUAGACUUGGUUACUCUCGCCGUGAUGUGUAAAGUGGCCUGUACAGUCAGGAAGCGUUCGGUUGCAGGAGCUGCACCUUGGGGAUAGGUUUUAAGCGUUUGUCCCGUGCGGCAGGUCUACAGUGCAGAGGGGGUUAAUCUGAGGAUUGGUUCGAAAUAAUCUUUACUUGAGCAGGGCCCUGUAUCUCCUGCAAAGCUGCAUUACAUUCUGUACUGUGUACAAUAAAGGAUCUUGCUUUCUGUUCA